CAGUGUGUGUGUGUGUGUGUGUGUGUGUGUGGGUCACUCACAGUUGAAACAGUCAUGUCAUGCUUUGUCCGACUCAAUGAGUAACAUGUUUCUGUGGCUCGGUGAUUCAUCAGCGUGGAGUCUUAAUUUAGGAUUCUGCAUGUCAAACUUGAGGCUGACGCCAAGUAGCGCUUCCACCGCCUCCCAGCGCUCGCAUGAAUGAUGGCAUUGUGGCCGAGCGUUGCAGAGGGAGUGCUGGUUGCUGAAGCACGCGCUGUGAAGAGGAGCAGAGAGACGGAGCGAGGCGCAAGCAGCGCAGACGAGGAGAAUUUGAGGAGCGAGCUGGAGAGAAAGCUGUGGGAGGGAGGAGAGGAAGGAACAUGCCAAGACCGAGAGAGCGAUGAGAGACGUUAAACCAGAAUGCGCUGCUAGGGGAGGCGGCAGUCAGUAUGCAGGUUUAGAGGAUGAAUGGAAAGGUGUUCAUAAGAAAGAAGGGCUUUUUGGAGGAGAGAGAAUUUUAUCUAAGGAGAGCGUGAACAGCAGAAGAACCGUCAGGAUGCAUCUGGUCAUGAAACCCUCUCAUAAAGCCAUGUUAACCGUGCUGCCUCACUUUGUGGACAAAGCUGCUCUGACUCGGAGGGAGAUCUGUCGCAUCCUCAGUGAGAGCUUCUUCAUGGUCAAAGGAGCCGCCCUCUUCCUCCAGCAGGGCGGCAGCGCACAAGGACCAAAGACCCCGACCCACCACAAACAUGCAGGUGAUUUACCUCAGCACCUGCAGGUCAUGUUUAAGAUCCUCCGGUCUGAAGAUCGCAUUAAACUGGCUGUGCGGUUAGAGAGUGGAUGGUCGGACCGGGUGCGCUACAUGGUUGUUAUCUACACCAAUGGCCAUCAAGAUACAGAGGAAAAUAUCGUCCUGGGAAUGGACUUCACGGACAAGGACAGUAAAAAUUGCUCCAUUGGGAUGGUGCUGCCACUGUGGAGUGAUACCAACAUACAUUUAGAUGGAGACGGAGGCUUCAGCGUGAACACAGCAGGGCGGUCACAUGUCUUCAAGCCUGUAUCUGUUCAGGCCAUGUGGUCUGCCUUGCAGGUCCUCCACAAAGCAUGCGAGGUGUCACGCCGGUUCAACUAUUUCCCAGGGGGCAUUGCCCUCACAUGGAUGGCCUUCUAUGAGAGCUGCAUCACCUCAGAGCAGAGCUGCAUUAAUGAGUGGAAUGCUAUGACCGACCUGGAGACCACGCGGCCCGAUUCGCCCACCAUGUUUGUUGACCGGCCAACCGAGCGAGAGAGAACAGAGUGUCUCAUUAAAGCCAAGCUACGCAACAUCAUGACGUUUCAAGACCUGGAGAACAUCACGUCCAAGGAGAUCCGUAACGAGCUGGAGCAGCAUAUGAGCUGUAACCUCAAAGAGUACAAGGAGUUCAUAGACAACGAGAUGCUUUUGAUCCUGGGUCAGAUGGACAAGGCCACACUUAUCUUUGACCAUGUGUACUUGGGCUCUGAGUGGAACGCUUCGAACCUGGAAGAACUACGUGACUGCGGAGUGGGUUACAUCCUGAAUGUUACCAGAGAGAUCGACAACUUCUUCCCAGGGAUGUUCUCUUAUCACAACGUCCGUGUGUACGAUGAGGAUGCCACCGACCUGCUGGCCCACUGGAACGACACCUACAACUUUAUUGUCAAAGCAAAGAAGAACAAUUCCAAGUGCCUGGUGCACUGUAAGAUGGGGGUGAGCCGGUCUGCCUCUUCAGUUAUUGCCUAUGCAAUGAAAGAGUACGGCUGGUCUCUGGAGAAAGCCUACAACUUUGUGAAGCAGAAACGGAGUAUAGCUCAGCCGAACCCUGGCUUCAUGAGGCAGCUGGCAGAGUAUGAGGGAAUCCUGGACGCCAGCAAACAUCGUCACAACAAGCUAUGGAGGCCUGAAACAGAUGAGGAGGGAUCUGAUGAUUUGCAAGCCUCUGGCCACUGUACUGGUGGGGAGGAGACACCAGUGCUCAGAGAGGAAGAAGCCUGGGGAGGCUGCGGGGCGUCUCCCUGCAGGGGUAUGGGUCUGGAGAUGGAGCCCCUUGACUCUCUUAACUAUAAUUACUACUUCAGGCGUUUGUCAGACUCUGCACUAGACAGUGAGCCCUCCACCCCAGUGCGGGGCCCCCCUCUGCUGGGCAUGGAAAGAGUCUUCAUUGAGAUUGAAGACGUGGAGAGAGAUGCCCUCCUGGAGGACGAGGGUUUCCCCAUGGCCCAUUUAGCCCUGCCUGGCGAGGGCACGGCAGCCCAGACGUGUGGACGUCUUGACCCCCUGGAGGACAUGAGACUGAGACUUGAGUUCAGUACUUUGGAGGAAGAGGAUGAGGAAGAGGCAAAGAAAGAAGAAGCUGAGAUGGCGGCCUUGGCUCAAACGCCUGGAAAUUCAGAUGGGAAGAGAGCGGGGGAGGAGGCUGAGAGGACGGAGGAAAGCCGGUUAGGCCUCGCCAACCUGAACACUAACAACAGCAACCGCCUAGCUGCAAAGCGCAGCUGUCCUGCAGCUUUUGACGACAGUGCUAGCACAGGAAACCCUUUAAAAGUGAAGCCCUCCUAUCAGUCCUGUAAAGACUGCCUGCGUCUGCCACAAGGUCGGCGCUGUGACCGUCCAGCAGGAGGUCGUUCCCACCGCCUUAACCCUUCCCGCCACUGCACUGUCCCUUCCAUAUGCAUAGAUCCGCCCGGGACAAAUUUUGCUUCCACCCCAAUUCUGCAGUCUUUGCCAUCCCCUGCAGUUGUCCCGCCUAACUUGGUCCAGCCCUGUACUCACCUCUACCGCUGUGCCACCUGCGCCCCAGGUGUCCCAACUGUCCCACUAGCCACCCGCCAGAAACUGGUCUCACCCAUGAGCUGCGAGGAGACGCCUCCUGACCGCAGCUCAGUGGAGACGGAGGACAUGGAUGAACCGCAAGGUGACAACGUGGAAGUACAAAUAUCAAGGGAGGACACAGGGGCCAUCAAUGCGACUACUGCUGAAGGUUUAAAAUUACAACCUGGUGGUGCAGUGGAGCUCCAGCAGCAGGCUCUGGCCCAGCUGCAAAUGCCAGGACUGGGGAUAGAAUUUGGUCUGGAACUGAUGCGCCAGAGAGCGGAGCAGCUUGAAAAGCUGCCAAGCUUGGCCAUGGAGGGCCAGCUCCCAGUGGGGCCCCUGCCUUAAUGGAAGAGACAGAGGAGCAAGAGGAGGAGGGUUACCACUGCCUCCACCAGGUACACUAUGAUGGCUGUGGGCCUUUAGAUGACUGUCGCUGUGGUGUCGUACCAGAAACAAAGCUCUGUUCUGACCUGUACUGUCAUGUCCUGGCCUCAAGCUCCACUGUAACAAGCUGCAACAGCCCUCUGUGCAUUUACAGAGUGUCUUGACAUUGUCUGCUGGCACCAAGAUCCAGAUGAGGCUGGUUGUUUUCAACAUAUGCUAAAGGCUUAAAUGCUUCUGGCUGAAUUGGGACUUAGGACUUUCUUCUGUCCCUCUUGUUUUCCCUCAGACCUGUCCGGUCUCUUCCGAACCUGCCCGCCCCACCACACAUACAGGAUCUUCACACUUCCCCACAUCUUCCUCAGUGGAGAUUAGCGUUAUGCUGCCAUUUUACCCUCAACAGACAGGUUUGGUGUAUUCCCAAAACAGGAGACGAUGGAGGUUUAUAAGAUCUAGUUGUUGUCCCUUUCUGACUCCUGAGAGAGCUACAGUUAACACUUUGAUGUUGAUGGAAAGAAAAAUACCUGGAGCAACAUGCUUCUGUCAGUGUACUGUAUGUUUUUCAAUCCAACUCAUCAAUAGUAUCAAAAGGAGCUCAAUGAAUGUUUGCCGUUGAGCCUGUUUGAUUGCAUCCCUCAUGUUACCACUGAUAACUGAAUCCUCAUUUAACAUCACUUAUAUUUUCCCUGCUGCAGCUGCUUUUGCAUCACUAGAGGGCAUUUCAUGUGAAAGCAUAAUCAUUUUUUAAAAAGGAUGUGAGCAUAUGUGAGCCUUUUUAUGCCUCUUUGAAAAGCGUCGUACCUCGGACCACAAGCAUCUCAGACUGUUUUGGUCAAAGACUUUUGUCUCUGCUCAGUGGUUGGUUCACCCUGACCCCCCCCCCACCCCCACCCCCACCCCACCCCGAAGUAAUCAUGUCCUUUAAGUGUUUGGUUCAGCCAUGCAUGACUCUGCAGUAUCACGAAACAUAUCCUCAACAUGCUUAGGCAGAAAACAUAUUAAAGUCAGAGUCAAGAGUUUUUGAAAUACUGAAAGGAUUCAAAUGAGUCGUGAUUCAGUUUAAGAACAAAUGGCAUCAGCAAAUUGACUGAAUUGAUCCUCACUCUUUUUCUUAUGCCUGAAAUGAAUGACAGAAGGAAUAUUUUUCUUUUGUUGGGAGACAUUAAAACAUUCAGGCGUCAAGAAACAUUCAUAAACUUAAACAUCACUCUCAGUCAGAUGAUUUAUGAUGUAACCAAAGCCAUAUCAUGUUGCCAGGUCCAGUUUAUCACCUUCAUCAUUAUAGUCGACAAAGAAGCUCGGCUCAGUUUCCUUUGACCAACAUACUUUUCUUACCUUCGUAGCCAGUCUGAAUGUGGGUGGUCAUUUAUCUAGGCGUUAACUUUUGUUGAAAUUUGUUGAAAAACCUUAGACUACCUUUCCCUAAACCCACAAAUAUUUGCAAAGGCACACCAAUCAUGUAUAGAUAUAGCACUUGAGCACAACUCUAAUAUCCAUUCACACAGUGCACAGACAUAUGUCAGAUCUAUAGCUACAUUCAGUCAGAAUCCAUUUAAGAACACUAAAGCAGAAAUAGAGAACUCAGAAAUGAAAAAUCUGCAAGUUCAUCGCUGUUAGAAUAAUAUCAUUUGAUCUAAUAAUCAUCAGACAGUUAAAGUCAAUAGCAGCAAGUCUUGUUGAUAAUUUAUUGUUUUUGGGGAAAUAAAAUAAAAAUCCAGUUGUUAUUCUGACUUUGAAAUUGCCAAAUGAAAAACUUCCAUUGACACUGUGAAAGUGAAAUCAAUUGGCGAGACUAGAUUUCCUUUAUUUUAAAUACAGAACAAGUAACCUAUCAAGAAAACCACAGAGCCUAGCUUUACAGCUCAACUCUUCUAUCCCUACUGUCGGUUUAAUUCAAGUCUUUUCCUCAUUUGUUAUUUAAACUUUUCAUUUUGUACAUGCUCAGAAAAGCUUGAGGCAAAUUUUUUAAACUGUUUCGUUAAAGUUCAAUCCAAAGUUGCUGUGCCACAGGGUGUUACUCUGCAAAUUCCUCUGUUUGGUUGAUGUUGUGUUCCUACUGUUUUUGGCACGCUGGGUGUGCUAGAAUGGUACUGAAUGAUGCCUGUUUGUUUGCAGGAAAAGCACAUGCAAGUGUUAUGACUGUGUUUAAUGACCUGGGUGCUUCAGAAGAAAACGAAAACUGUGCAAAGAAUGAAUGCAAAUUAUUUAAUCAUCUUUAAUCAUGGGGUUUAAUUGUAUCUUUUUGUAGAUUUUGCUUUUCUUUCAUUAGAUCAGUAGAAACUUAGACAAACAACAAUAAUGCAUCCUCUGUUCCUUAACUGGAUCCCAGGGAGCUGCAGGUUUGCUCCGCUAGUUAGAUUUAAGUAAUUAGGUUUUGCCUUUAACCUGUUCUUUCCCUCACGUGGCCAUUUGAGCAUGAUGUAACAUAAGGCACUUACAGAAAGUUGUUGACAGCAUCUGAUGCCACAAACAUCUGAAAUAGAUCCAUUUCAAACGGAAAAAACAAACGGAAAAAAAGUUGCAGUUACCAAAAGGUAGUUCAUGAAUAUUUCGGCUUAAACAAAUGUUACAAAGUGGAGAGCGCGCUAAAGGCUGUGAAAGAAGAAUUAAAGAAAUAGUUUGGCAUUUUGGGAAAUAUGCUGAUCUGCUUUCUUGCCAAAAGAUAAAUGUCAAGAUUGAUACGACUGUCCUGUCUGUAUGGUAAAUACGUGGCUACUGCUAGCUGCCAGUUAGCUGAGCGUAACAUAAAGACAUCCACCGACUAGCACAACUGACGUGAGGUGUUUAACACAUUAUAUCUCAUUUGUUUAAUUCGCACAAAAACAAGUGUAAAACAACAUCUAGUCAUUUUUGCACUUCUAACUGUGAGAUGAAGCGGUGCUGUUACGCAGAUUUUGUUUUGCUUUUGGACAAACCGAGGCAAGUUAUUUCUCCAUUUCUAGUCCUUAUGCUAAGCUAAAUAACUACAGCUUCAUAUCUACCAUACAAACGAGAGGGUGAUAAUGGUUUUCUCAUCUUACUCUUGGCAAGAAAGUAAAUACGCCUACUUCCCAAAAUCUCAAGCAAUUCCUUUAAUAUAUUCUUAAAUUGACUCUAACUUAAGCCAGUUGUUCUCAGUAUGUUAACGCUCUUGACAGGUGGGCCUGAUGAGGGCGCUUGACAUUCGUGUGAUGUUAUGCGCACUAAAUCCUUGUGUUUGUGUUCCCAGACCACAGCACUAUGUUUGGUUGUUUGCUUCAUGUGUUGAAUUUGUUUUUGCAUUUAAGUGCCUUAACCUCGGCCUUAGCUCUGUCAUAAAGCAUCACAGGCUUUGCAAAGUUUCUGUGAGUGUGUUGAUGGUCUGGUUUUUUUGUACAUUACUUACCCUCACUCCCAAUAAUAACCAUGCUCCUUGCAAUGUAUAACUUGGCACAUAAUAUAAUGUAUGCAAACACACAUAAGCUCAUGCACAGCAGCCUCCUCUCCCUCAAUACACACAUACUUGAUGGACUUCCAUUUAUUAAUAGCCUAUAAUAAUAUUGUAUUUGUUUGAUAUUGUUGAAACUUGUGGUACACUGUAUUGGUUCAAUAGCUGGCUGAAGAACCUUACUUGCUGGAAUGAGAACUAUCAUUUACAUUAAAACAUUAGAUAAGAAGGAUUUAAGUCUCUGAAAUUUACCAGUCUGUAUAUAGUUUUCUCUACAAUUUGCUAUUGAGUACAUUAGCUUGCAGAUGUGGUCAAUAUUAAGAAAAGCACUGAUAAUGCUACUGUGUAUUGAGAAAUACUUCUAAUUAAGUUCUCGUGUUUGCACCACAGCAAAAAAAGUAUUUUGGGCCAUCUCUAAUUUAGGCAGAUGUCUUCAGGCUCUAUUAAAAAUGGCAAUGAUUGUUUUUUUUAUUGCAUUAUUCCCAGGCAGCAGACAUCAAACUGACAAUCCUACUUAAGGGCCAGAAGAUGAGGACUUUGUGUGAGAGAGGACAUUAAGACAUAUUGUAAUUUCAAGGGGGAGGGGCAGGCAUUUAUAGAGUGUAUUCAAAGAGCACAAGUCUGCCCCAAAGCAUGUGAGUAUGAGAUGAGUGAAAACUAUAGAACAUGAUAAACCUACCUGGGAGUAAGAUUUUAUUACGUUGAUUGUUUUUUGUUAACUUUUGUGUAAUGUACUGUACAUUGCCAAUGUUCAUGUGUAAUGCACUUUUUUUUACAUUUUGUUAAAAUGAUGUCCAGUCUAAUGUUUAUCAUGGAAAUAAACCAUUUCCUCUGCAUAAUC